AUGGAUGGGUUCCAGACGAUUGAGCGGCGUACCGGCUUUCUGUUUCAGGUGGCAUGGCUGCGGGUGGACACGCAAACCAUCCUGACGAUAGCCAAUCACGUGAUAACGAAGAAUCACAGAAUCGGCGUCACGCACAGCGAGCACAAAACGUGGCUGCUACAUAUACGUGAUGUCCGUGAGAGUGAUCGAGGGAACUACAUGUGUCAGAUAAACACUGACCCGAUGAAGAGUCAGAUUGGUUAUUUGGAGGUUGUAGUUCCGCCGGAUAUUUUGGAUUAUCCUACGAGUACAGAUAUGGUGGUGAGAGAGGGCAGUAACGUUUCGUUGCGUUGUGAAGCAACAGGGUCACCGACGCCAAACAUCACCUGGAGGAGGGAAGACGGCGAGUUGAUAAAUCUUGGAAACAAUCAGGAAGUCCCCAGCAUUGAUGGACCGGUUUUCAAUAUCACGAAAGUGAACAGGUUGCAAAUGGGAGCGUACCUUUGCAUCGCGUCUAAUGGCGUACCGCCAACGGUCAGCAAGAGAAUAAUGCUUGUUGUACAUUUUACUCCAAUGAUUUGGAUCCAGAAUCAAUUAGUGGGCGCACAAGAAGGCCAGCAAAUGACGUUAGAAUGCCAUUCCGAGGCGUUUCCCAAGUCCAUCAAUUAUUGGACGCGAGAAAACAACGUCAUUAUAGCGAACGGGGAAAAAUAUGAGCCAUCUUUUUCGGACAAUGUAUACAAAGUACACAUGAAGCUCAUGAUACGCUCAGUCGCGAUGUCCGAUUACGGCAGUUACAAAUGCAUAUCUAAGAACUCCCUUGGCGAAACGGACGGCAGCAUCAAGCUCUAUCACAUACCAACGCCUACCACAGAACCGACGACGACGAGUACGCUACCCGUUCCUACUACCGUGGAUCCAGUGGAGAAUAUCCAGUGGUCGCGACAAAAGCCCAUGCCCAGUUUAGAGCCGAGCUCUAAUGAAAUAACCGAUGCAUCUUUGUCGACCGUCGUGAGAAGCGAAGAAACGCGAAUCCGUGGCAGGCCGAGUCACGAAGAGAAUCACGAAGCUGAGAACGUCAUUGAUACUAAUAGCCAUAAAAACGUCGACAAUGACAUCGGGCAGCGAAGAAUCGACAACACGGCGCAAUCGAUGUCAUCUAAAAGCAGCACGUGGCAUUGCGUGACGCGAUCCAGCGCAGCGAUUUGCAUAAUCAUGCUCUCCGCCCUGUCGUAGUCGUCGCGGAGUGAGGAUGAUUGGUCGAUGUCCUUCCAGCUUGCAGUAUAAAUUCUGCAAUCUUUCCUCAACCGCGCAAGGGAUCAAUUAACUGAUGAUAGCGCACUUAUUGAAGGAUUUGCGGCUAUCAACGGCCGAAAA